GAUUCACCUUGAAGGGAACCGCUUUGUCCUUACCUGCCUUGCAGAAGGGAGCUGGCCACUGGAAUUUAAAUGGUUAAGGAACAACACAGAGCUCACUGCCUUUUCCAGCGAGUACAGGUAUGUUAUUGGGGCUGUGCAGCGGUCUGAUGCUGGAUUUUACCAGUGUGUGGUACGCAACAGGAUGGGUGCACUCCUGCAAAGAAAGACGGAAAUACAAGUUGCAUAUAUGGGGAAUUUUGAAGGAGGAGACCAGAGAAAAAUUGUUUACCAAGGACAGGCUGCUGUUCUCAACUGUCCACCUGUCAGCAGCUAUCCAAGACCACAAGUCACCUGGUUUAGAGAUGGACACAAGGUCAUCCCUAGCAGCCGAAUAGCAAUAACCCUGGACAAUCAGCUCGUAGUGCUUUCAACAGCUGGAGAAGAUGUUGGUCGCUAUUCCGUGCAGGCAGUAAACGAGAAAAAUGGGGAAAACAAGACCAGUCCAUCUGUCUACUUGAACGUAACAGAUGCUAGCAGCCCUGCUGACCCCGUGGCUCCAAAAAUCAUAAUUGCACCACAGAACAUCAGUGUGGUGGCAGGAAGUGGUGAAGCUGUACUUGAAUGUGUUGCAAAUGCAAGACCAAUUGACAAACUGAAUAUUUCAUGGAAAAGAAAUGGUGUGAAACUCACAAAUGGAGUUGGCAGUUUUGGGAGACGCUUAACCAUUGUAAAUCCAGCAUCAGCUGACAGCGGAAUAUAUACGUGUGAGGCAGUAUUAAUAGACAGCAGUGUCAAAGCAGCCGUAGCCAAAGUCUUUCUGUCCAUCACAGAGUCACCAUAUUUUACUGUAGAGCCAGUGAGGAGAAUUGUGGGAGAAGUAGAUAAAGAUGUGGAUAUUACCUGUCAAGCUAUGGGUGUUCCUUUUCCAACUCUGGAAUGGUACAAGAACGCAGUUUCUGUUAGCAGACUUCAGAAUCCUCGAUACAACAUGACAGCAGGUGGUGGACUUCAUAUUCACAAACUGCAUCCUGAUGAUUCUGGGCUUUUCCAAUGUUUUGCAAGAAAUGCAGCUGGUGAAAUUCAAUCUUACACAUUUUUAGAUGUUACUAAUAUUGUGCCGACCUUCAAACAGCCACCUACAGAUGUUACAGUUACGGAAGGACUAAUUGCAGAAUUAUCCUGUGAUGUGUCCGGGGCGCCAAAGCCUGCCAUAAUGUGGAAGAAAAAUCAGCAUAUUUUGGCAAGUGGCUCAGUGCAGAUACCCAGGUUUACACUUCUUGAGUCUGGUGGUCUGCAGAUCAGAAAUGUCCUCCAAGAAGAUGCUGGUACUUACACGUGUUUUGCAUCCAAUUCCGAAGGAGCCAUAAAUGCCUCAGCAGCCCUCACUGUUUGGAGUCGUACUUCCAUCUUGCUGCCUCCUGCAGAUCAGAGCGUCAUCAAGGGAACCAUGGCCAUUCUGAAGUGCAGUGCAGUUCAUGACCCCCACGUCUCAAUCAGAUACAUAUGGAGGAAAGAUGGAACCUUUAUUAACCCUGACAGCAAUUCAAGAGUGUCUUUAGGUCAAAAUGGUUCUCUCUACAUCAGUCAAACUUGGUCAGGUGACAUUGGAGACUAUACUUGUGAAGUGCAUUCAUCAGCGGGAAAUGAUUCUAGAUCUGCCCGUUUGGAAGUCAUUGAGCUUCCUCAUGCUCCGCUGAAUCUGCAGGCAGGCUUGAACUCUUUGGACAGUCGCUCUGUCAAUCUGGUCUGGGUUCGUCCCUUUGAUGGCAAUAGCCCCAUUCUUCACUACGUAGUUGAACUUUCAGAGAACAAUUCCCCAUGGAAGGUAUAUUUAUCAGAGGUGGACCCAGCAGUGACUGGUAUCACGGUCAACGGGCUUACUCCAGCACGUUCUUAUCAGUUUAGAGUGAGUGCAGUGAAUCGGGUCGGGAAGGGCCGGUACAGUGCGGAAACCAACAGGCGGUCAUUGCCGGAGGAGUUCCCAACUGCCCCGCCAAAGAAUAUUGUUGCCAGCGGACGCACCAACCAGUCCAUCAUGGUUCAGUGGCAGCCACCUCCUGAAACAGAGCAUAAUGGCGUGCUCAGGGGCUAUGUCUUAAGGUACCGACUGGCUGGCCUUCCUGGGGAUUACCAGUACAAAAACAUUACUAGUCCUGAGAUUAACUACUGUCUGGUGAAAGGACUCAUCAUCUGGACACAGUAUGAAAUCCAGGUGGCUGCAUACAAUGGAGCCGGGUUGGGAUUGUUCAGCAAUCCAGUGAUGGAAUAUACUCUGCAGGGAGUGCCUACAGCCCCCCCACAGAAUGUGGCGACAGAAGCAGUCAAUUCCAGCACUGUAAAGUUUUCUUGGAAUCCUCCCCCUCAGCAGUUUAUCAACGGCAUCAAUCAGGGGUACAAGCUUUUAGCAUGGCCAUUGGACAAUCCUGAUGCUGUUACAAUGGUAGCUGUUGCUCCUUAUUUUCACGGGUCGGUUCAUGUAGGAUAUAUAAAAGGCUUGAGGAAAUUCACCACAUAUCAAACGUCGGUUUUAUGCUUUACUACCCCAGGAGAUGGACCUCGGAGUCCCCUUCAGUUGGUACAGACACAGGAGGAUAGGCCAGGAGCAGUGGGACACUUGAGCUUCACAGAAAUCCUGGACACAUCACUCAAAGUUAGCUGGCAGGAACCGCUGGAGAAAAAUGGUAUCAUUACAGGUUAUCAGGUUUGUUGGGAGAUUUAUAACAAGAGUGAAUCCCGAGUAACACAGCUGCUGCCUAAUACAACCUUGGAGUACAAGGUUACUGGGCUGACCUCUCUCACCACUUACACCAUUGAAGUGGCUGCCAUGACGGCUGCAGGAGUUGGAACAAUGACAUCAUCAACGAUUUCCUCUGGAGUACCACCAGAACUUCCUGGUGCGCCAUUUAAUCUCAUCAUCUCCAACAUUAGCCCUCGCUCAGCAACGUUGCAGUUCCGUCCUGGUUAUGAUGGUAAAACCUCCAUCUCUAAAUGGAUUGUUGAAGGACAGGUUGGAACAAUUGGGGAGGAGGAAGAAUGGAUACAUCUCUUUGAAGUAGAGAAUGAGCCUGAUGUCAAGGUGUUGGAGAUCCCAAACCUUACACCGUAUACACAUUACAGGUUUCGCAUGCGACAAGGAAAUGUGGUUGGCAUAGGCCCUGUUAGUCAGCCAUCUCGUGUUAUUCAGACACUACAGGCCCCACCAGAUAUUGCUCCAGCAAGUGUCACAGUGCGAACAGCAAGUGAAACCAGCCUCUGGAUACGAUGGAUUCCUCUUCCUGAAUCUGAGUACAAUGGAAACCCAGAGUCUGUGGGCUACAGGAUUAAGUACAGGAGCUCAGAUAUGCAAGGGCCUGCACUGACACAGGUGGUGAAUGACCGGAUGGAAGGAGAGAUGACAAUUGAGGACUUAGAGGAGUGGACAGAGUAUGAAAUGCAGAUCCAAGCAUUUAAUGCCAUUGGAGGAAGCCCUUGGAGUGAAGUUGCCAGAGGUCGUACCAGGGAAUCAGUUCCUUCAGCUGCCCCAGAGAACAUCACCACAGAGGCAGUAAGUUCUACACAGGUUUUAGUCAUGUGGUUUCCUGUGCCUGAAAUGGACCAAAAUGGACUUCUCAUGGGAUACAAGGUCCUGUAUCGAGAGAAGAACUCGGAUGUUAACUCUCCUCCUUUUAGUCAGAUAGUAAAAGGAAACAUAACACAGUCCCUGCUUUUGGGUGGUCUGCGGAAGUAUGUCCUUUAUGAGAUCCAGUUGUUGGCAUUUACUCGCAUGGGAGAUGGGGUCCCUAGCUCACCACCUGUUCUGGUGAGAACCAAAGAUGAUGUUCCUGGGCCACCUGUAAGACUUGUGUUUCCUGAUGUCAGGCUGACCUCUGUACGUAUUGUGUGGCAACCUCCAGAAGAGCCAAAUGGAAUAAUCCAGGGGUACCAGAUAGCAUACCGCCAGACUUCAGACAAUCCAAACAAGUUUACCACAGUGGAAGUGGGAUCUACUGUCAGGCAGUUCAUGGCAACAGAACUGACUCCAGAAUCGACCUACAUAUUUAAAGUUUCAGCCAAAACCAGACAAGGCUGGGGAGAGCCAACUGAAGCUGUGGUGAUAACCACAGAAAAGAGAGUUCACCCCGAACCGCCAAAAGAUCUGAUGGUUCCACAAGAGGAUGUGCAAUCCCGGAGCUUACUGUUGCGUUGGGUCCCUGGUGGUGAUGGAUCUUCCCCAGUACGGUACUUCACAGUUCAAACCAAAGUGCUGCCUGAUGGGGAAUGGCAGACACAUUCAUCUUUAAUCAGCCACGAGGCUAGAUCGUAUGUGGUAGACAGGCUACAGCCAUAUACUUCAUAUAAACUACGUCUGAAGGCAACAAAUGAUGUUGGAGACAGUGAAUACAGCCUUGAGACUGAAGCAGUCACCACGCUGCAAGAUGUACCCGACGAGGCACCAAUUAUCGUUGCUGUUACCCCACAGACUCCGACUUCGGUCCUUGUCCAGUGGCAGCAUCCAAAAGAUAACAGUAUGAAUGGUAUUUUGACUGGCUAUCGUAUUUACUACAGAGAACUGCAAUAUGAAAAUUUGACAAACUCCAAGGAGGUUAAAAACCCUUCGGCUCUGCGAGUAGAACUAACCCAGCUGAAGAAAUACAGGCGCUAUGAAAUUGUUAUGACAGCUUACAAUGUCGUCGGAGAGAGUCCUGCCAGUUCACCUGUUGAAGUGUUUGUAGGAGAAGCUGCUCCUGCUAUGGCUCCACAGAACAUUCAAGUAAACUCUGUCACGGCAAGGCAGCUUGAGGUCAGCUGGGACCCCCCUCCCAUUGAAGCCCAGAAUGGUAAUAUCCAGGGGUACAAGAUUUAUUACUGGGAAGAAGGUUACCGGAAUGAGACGGAGCGAAUGAAGGUGUUGUUUCUACCUGAAACUACUGUGAGACUGAAGAACCUGACAAGCUACACUGUUUAUGCUGUUAGCAUUUCUGCAUUCAAUGCUGCAGGUGAUGGACCAAAGAGCGAUGCAAAGAAAGGCAGGACCCUCCAGGCAGCUCCUAGUGUUCCCAGCUUCUUGACAUUUUCCGAGAUCACUUCGACUACACUUAAUGUUUCGUGGGGAGAGCCAGCAUUUGCAAAUGGAGUUCUACAAGGUUACCGUUUGGUUUAUGAACCUCUGGCACCCAUCCAAGGGGUAAGCAAAGCAGUGACAGUUGAUAUUAGUGGAAAUUGGCAGCGCUGGCUGAAAGUUCGAGAUCUCACCAAAGGAGUGACUUACUGUUUCAAAGUUCAAGCCAAAACCAUAGCUUUUGGACCAGAGUUGCAGGCUAAUGUUUCAACAGGACCAGCAGAAGGAUCUCCAGGUGCUCCAAGAGAGUUUUCUGUUACCAAAUCAUCUUCUGCUUUUACCAUCACAUGGAAGGAGGAAGAAGCUGGAAAUGGUCGCACAGCUAGCUAUACCAUAGAAGCAAGACCAUCAGAUGAAGGAUUGUGGGAUACUUUUGUUAAAGAUGUACCCCGGGGCACUACAUCAUACACCAUCAAUCUUGAUCAGUUGAAACAAGGUGUAAGCUACGAGUUCCGUGUGGUGGCAGUGAAUGACUUUGGGUAUGGUGAACCAAGCCUGACUUCACCUGCAAUGUCUGUGCAGUCAGAUAAGCCGUUCUAUGAAGAGUGGUGGUUUCUGGUGGUGAUGGCCCUCUCCAGCCUAAUUCUUACCCUUCUGAUAGUGUUUGGCCUCGUUCUACAUGGUCAGAAUAGAAAGUAUAGGAACUGCAGUACAGGUAAAGCUAUUUCCAGUGUGGAUGAGUCGGUUACAUUGGAUAAUGGUGGCUUUGCAGCCUUAGAGCUCAACAGCAGGCAUCUGAACGUCAAAAAUACGUUUAGUAAGAAGAAUGGGACACGGUCCCCUCCUCGCCCAAGUCCUGGUGGUCUGCACUAUUCUGACGAAGAUAUCUCUAACAAAUAUAAUGGAGCUGUGGUAACUGAAAGUACUACGCUUACUGAAAAACCUACUCAACUCACCGAAUCCGAGGCAUCUGAUUCAGAAUAUGAAGAUGAUCUGCCCAAACAUUCCUUUGUCAAUCACUACAUGAGUGACCCAACAUACUACAAUUCCUGGAAACGCCAGCAAAAGGGAGCCAAAGCAACAGGCACAUAUGGUUAUGAGGAGUGCGCUACAGCAGAAUCAGAACCAUAUUUUCAGACUGUCAUCACAACACAGAGUUCAGGAGGAGUAUACACCCCCACGGGGCGACCUUCCUCAGGCUCACGAACUCCAGUAACAGGAUUUUCCUCAUUUGUUUGAUAUGAAGGAGCCUGGGAAAACAGAAAAUAAACUGUAGCUAUGGUUUGCUGAAGUCUUUAUGCCUUGCAGACUCUUUGAGCAGCCUCUCCAAUAUUUGCAGUGAUCUGUGGGUAGAUUUUUUUUUUGGGGCAGCAGAAUGAGCAAAGCUCUAAACCAGGGGCAAGUCAAAAAUAGUUAUACUCUUUUUAUAGUGCUCCUGUAAAAUCAAGCAAUUCAAUUAAAUUGCUUGUCCUUUAUUUCUGUUUUUCACAGUAAUUAUGAUUUUUAUAUUUUAUGCAAAUGUCAAAAGGAUCUCAACAGUGAAAUAUUUAUUCUGCAUAGAUUCUUUGAAUAUAAUAUAUACUCUGUUAAAAUUAUUGCUGAAAUAUGCCUUAAUAUAUGCUGAUAAAGGUUCUACAGAUGGAGAAGCAAAGGUACUUUGAAACUUUUUCCCCAAGAAGAGGACCAAACAAGUUAGGUCAUCGCCACAGAUUCCUAGUUGUGAAGUUUAGUUGCCUUAAAAUUGUUUGUCGAGUUAUCUUCAUAGCAUUCACAAAUGUUAGGGAACAUAAUGAGUCCCAUAGGAAAACAAUUUUUCACAUUUAUUGGGGAAGUAUUGCAGGCCCUGAUAGCAACUGUAAAUAUGACUAUUAGAAAAUUAUUCAUAAUUUUGAAAACCUUCCUUUCCUGCCGUAAAGCACAGCCCUAUUUCUAGGUCCAAAUAUCUGCUAUGACUUGCCAAAGAAUAUAUUGUAUCUUAUUAAUCACUUUUAGCACCAGAGUUUAUUUUUAUGAGGAAAUAACAUUGUUAUUUUUUAAACAAUUACUGGUAUAUUUUUAUGUGGAUAGUUCCCCAAUAACAUUUUAUUUAGUGUGUUAUAAUUCAUGCUUUCAGAGCACCUGUAAUUUUAAAUGUUACCUGAAAACUAAGCUUUGCCAAUGUAGCGCAGCUUGGACACUUUACAGGAAAAUCUUCAAAAUCAAUUUGUCUAAUAAUUACAGACAGGAAUUUGCCUCAUAAUUUGAGGCACAUGAGAGUCACAUGCCAGACAGAGCUCUGCAACCCUGUAAGCAUAUGACCCUCUCCUAGGAAGGGCGGUGAUGUCCUUUCAUUUUUGAAUUUUGUUUUCCUUGCCCUCUCAGGAAAACUGUAUUAGAAAAUCUAAACUAAAUAACUUCUGUGUAGCGCUCAUCACAUCCGUCACUGUGAUUGCUAGAAAUAACAAAGACUUGGGAGUCGGGGUGGGGGGGUGAUAACCCAAGCUGAGAAUUUUAGCAAUAGAAAGCUCUCUCUGUCAUAAUAAAAGUUCUUUGGAGAUGUGUCAAUCAGUGAGAAAGCUGAAAAGUAGAAAAGAAGCAGAGAUUCAGAUAAUGUAAUCUUUAUUUUUGCAAGACACUGGGAGUAGUGUUACUACGUUUAUUUUUCCCCCCACAUAAUGCUAUAAAGAGCAGUUGAAAGUCACCAGCAUCUCAAAAGAGAGACAUCUUCUUCUUUCGGCUUUUCCCGGUUAGGGGUCGCCACAGCGGAUCACCUUGUCCGCUCAUGAUUGGCAGAGGAGUUUUACGGUGUC